AUGAUAGGAGAACAAGAUGCCAGCACGGUCGAGUCCUCCAUGUAUUAUCUCGAGCGCACACCGCUGUACGACACGGAGAAACCCUACAGCAUGCGCUACCAACCCGACGAUGGGGUCCCACAGACCAACUUCGUGAAGACAGAGUGCCCCAUCACCGUCAAGAGCAUGCGCGAGCCCGGCGCCGGGCCCUUCCGUCUCAACGAAUGCGGCUUCCAGCAGAUUGAGCUCCAUUCCCAGAUGUCGUACGAUGACUUCUGGAAUAACGAGGCUGUCCAGAAGGUCUAUAUCCAGGAGGUCAAGGAUGUGCUGAAGAGGGAGCUGGGAGCUAAGCACGUCUUUGUCCUGGACUACGCGGUCAGGAAGCGACACGAGACAUUCCCGGUGUCGACGGGAGAGGAGUACGAUUUUGACCAGCCGACUGCAUUGGCACAUAUCGACUUCACUGUGGAGGAAGGCAAGCGCAUCAUCAAGGUUCUGUUUGGCGAGAGAGCUGAUGAGGUCCUCAAGGGCCGAUGGCAGGCAAUCAAUCUCUGGAAGCCCAUCAAGGGCCCGUUGAACGACUGGCCCCUCGGCCUCUGCGAUACGCGUUCCGUGGACUUUGAGCAGGAUACCAUAGCCGGAGACGUCGUCUUCGACGACUUUGUCACCGAGAACUUGCAGAUUCUAUACAAUCCAGGGUUCCAAUGGUACUACCUGCCCGACCACAAUUCGUGGGAAGCCUUGAUCUUCAAAAGCGCCGACAGCGAGGGGGGCGACGCCCUGGGCUUCCUCGCCCGAGACGCCCUUUACGACACCGUCAAGCCCUACAGCCUGCGUUUCACGCCCCCGGAUGGUUCUCCCCGCCACAACCUGCAAAGCGAAUUGACGAAAGUCACCAUCCGCGAUGCCCGACCGCUCAACCCCAUCAUCGAGAAACACGGCUUCACCCUGACCCGCGUCCCCACGAAGAUGCGCUAUGAUGAUUUCCGCGAACACGAAAAAAUCGAGCGAGUCUAUGCUCCAGAGCUACAAGCCCAUUUGAAGAGUCUAUUUCAAGCGCGGCACGUUAGGGUCAUCGACUACGUCGUUCGACGCCGCCACCCCGACUUCCCCGUCUCGACGGGAGAGAAUUACGACAGCCAGCAACCUGCCUCGCUGGUACAUCUUGACUUCUCCUACAGCGAAGCCCGAAACAUGCUGAAAACACUCUACGGCGACCGUGCGGAGGAGAUCCUACAACACCGCUGGCAAGUGAUAAACGCCUGGCGGCCCCUCAGGGGCCCGCUCUUCGACUGGCCGCUCGCGGUGUGCGACGCGCGCACCUACUCGCCCGACCGCGACGGCCGGGUCUCGGACGCCGUGUACGCCGACUGGGCGUACGAGAACGUGCUCGUGCACCACCACCCGGCGCAGAGGUGGCAUUACUUCUCCGCCAUGGACGAGGCCGAGUCGAUGCUGUUCAAGGGCGCGGAUUCGGACGGGGCGGCGAGCGGGCGUGAUCGUCCCGUGGCGUGCAAUCCACUCGCUCAAUCCUCCCUCGAACAUUGGAGAACAUCAAAGCAUCAUAGCUCACUAAGUCUUCUCGGGCUUGUUGGUCAAACGGGAUCGAGGCUUGUGCUCCUCCGAACCAUCUGUCGAGCCCCUUUAUCCCAUGGCAUAUCCCCCUCAACCCCGUCCACCGCUCGGUUUGAGCGUGCUAGCCGUCAGGCUGAGUCGCACAACACCCUCUCUCCGUUUGAGCCUUGCAACCGUCUUACCCAACUGGUACACCGGUGCGGGUCUGGAUUCUCAUGGCUUCAGAGCCUGGUCGACGACGCCGUGCCCGGUGCUGAUGUCUGGGAGUAUGAAUACAGCACCAGCCAGCGUGGUUCUCUGGCCCAGCGACUUCGUGGCGAGGGUUUCGAAUUGCUCAAAGCCUUGCACCUCCAUUGCAGGGAAUCCCAGGCACUUUGCAUCUGUCGAGAGCAACCCAUGCAUUUCCGAGCUGUCAUCGACGUGGCGGCCGGUGCUAUCUUCCUGGGCGUACCAAACUUUGUGUGGGAUAAGAAGGAGGCAAAGACGACAUUUGAUCUCCUGUUGAAGUGCCAGCACAAGGGAAGAGGCAGGAGCUUGUCAAGCGAGAGUGACGUAGAGGAGUUGAUGGACACCUGCAGGAAGUUCGGGAGCAUCGGCCUCGCGGUACCGGUCGUGUCUGCAUACGAAAGCAGGGAGACUGCGACGCAGCACAGCAUGUUUUCCAAGGUCCUGGGCAACAAACGCAAUCAUGUGAUCGUGUCGAGUUCUUUGGCGGCCAUCAACACAACUAUGGAGACUCUGGUGGACGGCGAUUCCGACCAUAUCAACAUCUGCAAGGUCAGCGCCGAGAGCAAUCUCUACAAGGCGUGUAAGAGUCUCCUUGAGGAGGUCAUGCGCACCGCCCCUCAGAAGAUUGCGGAAGCAACCCGGCCGUACAUCGCACCUUCUGCUCUGAGAGAUGACACCAUGCGAAGCCCCAGCACUGCUGGAUAUACUCAGACGGAAGAACAGGUUUCGCUACGACCAUCAAACCCAAUCCUAUCCCCCGUAGUUGCAACCGCGGGGUCCAAGUCAACUGAAGAGCCCUUCGAACUGGUGCUCCGUGAAACCGAGCUAGACGUCACAAGAAAAGAUGCCAUUCUACCAUGCUUUUCCUUGGGGACACAUCGAAGAUUGGACCAUUUCUUCGGACGACAAGACGUCAUGAAGAUUAUUGAUGAUCACUUGCUUCCUCCAGCAGCAGAACAGAGCGAGGAACAGGUGCGUGGGUUUGCCAUAUGCGGGCUUGGAGGCAUGGGGAAAACAGAACUUGCCGUUGAAUACGCGUACUCGAGACGAGACAAGUUCGACGCAGUCUUCUGGCUCAGCGCGGACGACUCCAAGAUCCUCGCCUCCAAUUUUGCGCAGAUAGCACAUCGGCUAGGGCUUGAGGACGACCUCUCGGAUCUUGCCGCAGGCAGAGACGUCGCCAUGGGAUGGCUUUUACGACCCCUCAAGAAGACAUCUGAGCCGGAGACGGCGGAGAAUCUUGCAAACUGGCUGAUAAUCUACGACAACGUCGACAACCUGGACGUCUUGCAUGAGUACUGGCCCGAGUUUGGACAUGGCUCAGUGCUCCUCACCAGCAGAGAUCCCUUUGCUAAGCACAACAGAUACGUGGAAAAGGGCAUCAACCUGUCACCGCUGUCAGAGUCCGAGACGGAAGCGAUGAUGCAGGGCCUGACGCACGUUGUGGCCGAAGGUUCGCAAAAGGAAGCUCUUUCGGCCAUCUCGGAGAGACUCGACGGGUUUCCUUUGGCUAUCAACCAAAUCUCUAGUGUUUUCCGAAGUAUGCGGGUCUCAUACACCAACUUUCUCAAAUUCUGCAACGAAGAAGGGAUAACAAAAGUGUUCGAGGAAGAGGGCGAGCAAGCCGACCCCAGCAAGGUUCGCUCCCUCGCAACUCUCUGGGCUCUUGACCAGCUGGGCAAAGAGACGCGGGCACUCUUGCAGGUCAUCUGUCUGCUCGACCCUGACAAUAUCCCCGAAGAGUUGCUGAUCGACAAAUCUUCCGAGGUCAUGCUCGACCACUAUCCGAAGUCAAGGAAGGGCUACUACCAUGCAAGGAAGCAACUGGUAUCUUCGUCCUUGAUCGCCCACCACGAAGACCAAGAAAAGCUCUCUGUGCAUCGUCUUAUUCAAGGCACUGCAAAGGGCAUGAUGAACCAACAAGAACUAGUCGCGGCCUUCCAAGCAGCAGCCAGUCUCGUCAUCUCGGCCUGGCCGUUCCAGUCGAUGAAGGAGCACCACUCAAUCGCGCGCUUUAGCAAGUGCGAGGACGUCUUGCCCAGUGUACUACGCCUGAAGGAUGGACUCGAACGACCGCUACAGGGCUUAGACGAUUUCCUCCUCCAAGUUCGCCUUGCAAGGCUUUUCAAUGACACGGGAUGGUACAUGUUUGAACGCGGGCUGAUGGAAGAGACCAAACCAUUUUGCGAUCUAGCGCUAAGAAUCGGCGAGCGGCUCAAGAACGAGCUCGGGGAACCCGCUGUCGAGUCCAUCCGCGAGAGCCACUCCUUUCUCGGAAUUGCUCUUACCGAGACGAACGAGCAUGCCCUCAGCAUGAAGCACAAAAAGAAAUGGCUCACCAUGCUGGAGGAGAGAAUGUCAGAGACAGGCAACCCCCUUGAAGACUACGAGCUUGGCUAUGCAUACAAUGAGAUCGGCGUGGCAUACGGAAACAACGACAUGCUUGAGGAGGCAGCGGCCGCAUUUCGCCGGUCCAUUGAGAUAUUCCAGGGCCUCGAUGAUUACGAAGACACCAUGCUCGGAUGGCCGGAACCAAAUCUGGGCUUCAUCUACUGGAUGCAGGGGAAGUUGGAGGAUGCCGAGAGAGCUCUUGUCGAGAUUCUAGAUAUCCACGCUGCGGCGUAUGGUGUCGACGACACCAAGUCCUUCAAGUAG